AUGCCUCUGAAAGCAUGGAAUGCCGAUUUGGUGCAAGCCUUGCGAGCAAAGGAGAACGAAGCAGUGGGACAUCAAAACGACCUGACCUUAUCGUGGGGAGCUGCCAUCAGCUACUCUGCCGAGGACAUUAAGAUCACGCAGACUGGAUCGGUGCAAAACCUCCCGAAGGAGAGCACCGAUUUCCGCAAGACGGCCAGAGAGUACUGUGAGCAGAUGCUUGGCUUGAUCAUGCGCUCUGGCCGAGUACCACAAGUGAUUAGACCUGCAGUACCCGCUGGCACAGUGGAGCAUCCGUAUCUCCGAACCAUGCAGCAUCGAGGCGGUGGAUAUGCCAUCCUGAGAGCUCUGUGGGAUGCGGAAAAGUCGCCCAACUAUGAAGGAUUCCUGACGAAAGAUCAGAUCUGUCGUCUUGGUCAACGGUAUUGUGAUGUGCCGAUGAGAGACAACCACUUUGAGGGUCGGGACCAUGGUCACGAUUGGGAAUCCAACAAGUCUUUGCUGUCGCACCGCUUCAUCGAACGAGACAAAGCUGGCAAGAGCUGGAGGAGCAAUUUCAGAGGCCCUAAGGAUCGAAUCAGCCUGACUCAGGCUGGCAGAGACUUUGUGCCCAAGAUGUUGGAGAAGUUUGGUGAAAUAGACGAUGGUGAGCCAGAUGCCCCAGCACCUCUGAUGAGUCGUGUGGUCAAAGGGACCAAAAAGUCACCCGAAGACUUCGAUGCCUUGCAGCAUUGGGCUUCCACUGCACCAGAUGGAGCUGAAAAGGAGUUCCAGGUUUCCAAAGAUCGGCGUAAGUAUUUGCACAACCAGAUAGAGAUGCUCAAUGCAAUGGAUUUGGGCUACCGAUUGCAUCAUGCUUCAAGAGGGGAUGGAAGGCAACGUACGCUGGUCGUGACAAAAGUUGGGCAGAGCGGACACGAUCUCGCAGCGAAGCCAAAUUUGUCAGGGCUAGACCUUCCUCCUUCUGGCGGCAUAUUUUCGCCAUGUGCGGCUGGUCCAGGUCAGAAGUUGGGGGGUCGAAUGUCUACCGAUGGAAAGAGGGAAGCAUCUGCGAUGGCUGCCGAACGGCGUAUGUCAGCUGCAUCAACGCGUGGGCUGAAGAAGCCGAGAAUCAGCCAGCCAUCGACAAUGCCGCAGAAGAACGCUUCCCACAUGGCACCCAGGCCAGCGAGCAGCAGCUCUUCAUCAAGUUCUGACAGUGACUCUGACAUGGAUGAGGAGAUGAAACGGGCAAUGGAGGCGUCACUACAGGAAGUGCUCAAGAGUCGUCCUCACAACCAAGAGGACAAAGACCUUGAGGAGGCUUUGCGCCUGUCCACUGAGGAAGCAGCUCCCCCAGCACGUUUCGCGCGACUGUCUGCUUCCACAAGCAUCCUGGUUGCAGAGAAACUUCGAGACACUCAUCCGUUGAGACUCCAGACAGUUAAGGUUUUAUCGGUGGAUCUUCACGAGCGCCGCAGCGACCUGUCCCCAAGGGACAUAUUCGAGGAGCUUCAAAAGAGGCUCCACAAUACAGCGGCCGUGCAGCAUGUGAAGCUCAAAAUGGGUGACUACAUGUGGACCCGCUCUGCAGAAGCUGUUGGUCUCUGCAUUGAGCGCAAGACCAUGCGAGACUUAGUCGGCCGCUCCGCAAAGGGUGACCAUUUGAGGCAACUGCGGCGCUUGAGUGCCAGCUGUCUUCCUAGCGCUCUGCUUCUGGAAGGAGACAUCUCCACUGCAGAUCAUCAAGUGGCCUAUGGUGCAGAUCCCAUUUCGCAUGGCCACUCUGACCCUGCCAUACGGGAAUCUGCGGACGUGUUGUGUUUCCUCGCGAGGCUAGUGCUCAGACAAAGGCAAUUCGUGUUGCUCACUGCAAACGCCAUGGACACAGCCAACUGGUUGGCCUCAUGGAGCUUGGUGCUCAAAGACACGUCGUCCUGUCCAAAGGCCCCACUGGAUGCAGUGACAAAGGCUGCUGAAAGGAGUGAUCGGGGGUAUAGUGACCUGUUGGCCUUCGUUCAUGCUGCGGGCCUGUCGACAGAAGAUCAGGAAGCCAUUGGGAGGCGGUUUUUCUCCUUGGAUGAACUGCGGUUGGCGUAUGAUUCAUGUCCAGAUGUCCCACAGCAACAACUGCUUGUGGCACCCUUGCUUCUCCUGUCGAUGGAUGCGGAUUCUCAAGGAGACACUUCUGCCCACUCCGCUGCGGCCAACGCCUCCCGUCGGUUGUUUCAAGCGGCAACUGCGCAAAGUGGUGUCGAAACUGGCCCAGCACACGCACCUGAGACGAAGCUGUCACUGGUGGCGACAACAGGAAUCGGCAAAGACAUCAAGUCCUUGCCUCAAGCGACUGGUUGCAACGUGGAAGACUGUAAACCAUGUUGCAGGGGUGUGGAGGAAGUGCAAGCGCAGUUACUGGGAACUGGUGACUUCACUGCUUUCAAGUCAGCGCCUUUUCGAAUUUACAUCCUGGGUGGAUCUCAGUUGCUGCAGUUUCUCACGCGUGCCUUGCAGCAGGUCUGCGACAUGGACUUUGCCAAAGUGGCCGCAGGCUGUGCAGAAGCUAUCGUGAAGAGUUUGCGGUUGGAACGUCCUGGUCACAAGGUGCUUCUCCUCGAGGGCCUCGAAGUGUGUGGCAAGGGGCAGAACGAGCCAUGUUUCCAAGUGGCCAAAGAAGCCGCGAAAUUGUGGCCAGCCGUCGUGGCCAUCCUUGCUAUGAGGUAUCAGAUCCACGCGCUACAAUGGCGGAAUCGGUCAAAGCUCAAGGAGUUCCUCAUCGCCUUGUUCAAGGAGUUUGCUGAGACACAACUCCUGGACCAGUGA